UCCAGGGCGGCUCGCCACGUGUGAGGGGCUGGAGGCGGAUCGGCCGGCGCCCCCCAUGGAGCUCGCCUGCUACACGCAGCAUCACCCCUUCCACUGCAGCCUCAUGGGCUCGGAGCCCUACCCGCCUUUCCCCGCGGCCGGGGCCGCCCAGCCCCACCAGCCGGCACCGCCGCAGCCCAGAGCGGCCGAGCCCACCCGGAUGAUCGCCGACCCGGUCAAGGGCAGGCUUUACUGCAAGGGACGCCUGCUGGGCAAGGGCGGAUUUGCGAGAUGCUAUGAAAUGACAGACGUCAACAGCAACAAAACCUAUGCAGUGAAAGUUAUUCCUCACAGCCGAGUGGCUAAGCCACACCAACGGGAGAAGAUUAUGAAUGAGAUCGAGCUGCACAGAGGCCUGCAUCACAAGCACAUUGUCAAGUUCUCGCAUCACUUUGAGGAUUCGGAGAACAUCUACAUCUUUCUGGAACACUGCAGCAGGAAAUCCCUGGCUCACAUCUGGAAAGCCCGGCACACGCUGCUGGAGCCAGAGGUGCGGUAUUACCUCAAACAGAUCAUAUCAGCCUUGAAGUACCUCCAUCUCAAAGGCAUCCUCCACCGGGACCUCAAACUGGGCAACUUUUUUGUCAAUGAUAACAUGGAACUGAAAGUUGGAGACUUCGGCCUUGCUGCCCGGCGUGAGUCUAUGGACCAGAAGAAAAAGACGAUAUGUGGCACCCCCAACUACCUCGCUCCUGAAGUGCUCCACCGGCAGGGCCACGGGCCAGAGUCGGACGUGUGGUCUCUGGGCUGUGUCGUGUAUACCUUGUUGUGCGGGAACCCUCCCUUUGAGACCUCGGACCUCAAGGAGACGUACAGGUGUAUCAAGCAGGUGGAAUACACCCUCCCGGCCUUCCUCUCCACGCCAGCAAAGCAGCUGAUCACAGGCAUCUUGAAACGCAACCCGUCUGACCGCCUCACGCUGGAGGAGAUCCUGGACCACGAAUUCUUCACCAAAGGCUACACACCUGAUAAGCUCCCACCCAGCAGCUGUGUGAUGGUGCCUGAGCUCAAUCCUCCCAACCCGGCGAAGACUCUGUUUGCAAAAGUCACCAAGACGCUGUUUGGGAAAAAGAAACCCCAAAUUAAGAAGGGCCACUCGGAAGAGAAGGAUGACAUCUCCAAGUUGGUGGUUGGCCUCAUGAAGACCUCUAUCUGCAGACAGAUGAGCUACAAAACCAUGGAAGGGAAUGAGGUGACCCCCAUGACAUGUCUGAGCGCCAGCUGCAGCCCCGUGGAGACGCUGGCAGAAGAGGGCUCGCGGAAGUCCGUCUCCAGGUCCAUUAGGGGGACAGCAGCCAGCAGCUGUGAAGCAUUUGAAGAGUGCAUCACCGCCUCUGCAGUCACCGACUCUGCCAUCGGGCUUCUGAAGAGCUGCCUGGCCGCCAUGCCGCCAGCCCAGCGGAACCCUGCCUCUCUGGCUUGCCACGAGCAUUUCGCCUGGGUGAGCAAGUGGGUGGACUACUCUAACAAAUACGGCUUCGGCUACCAGCUGUCCAACCACCGCAUCGGGGUCCUCUUCAACGACGGGACGCACAUGGCUCUGUCGGCCGAUCGGAAGAUGGUACAUUACAACCUGACCAACAGCAAACACUUCGCCUUUCCCAUGUCGGCCAUCCCAGAGCAGCUGCGGAGCCAGACCAGCGUCCUGCGGUACUUCACCUCCUACAUGGAGCAGCAUCUCAUGAAGGGGGGAGACCUGCCCAGCAUCGACGAGAUCGAGCAGCCUGCGCUGCUGCUCUUGCAGUGGGUGAAAACUGACCAGGCCUUGCUGAUGCUCUUCAGCAACGGAACGCUCCAGGUGAACUUUUACAAUGAUCACACCAAGGUGAUCCUCAGCAAGCCAGACCAUUCCUGUCUCCUGACCUACGUCACCAAGGACCGCAACUCCUACACCUACAAGCUGAGCAGCAUCCAGGAGCUGGGCUGCUCUCCAGAGCUCCAGUACCGGCUCAAGUAUGUCCUCAAGCUCCUCCAGGAGAGGGCUGACACCUAAGCUGGGGCCAUGGGAGAAGCCUCCUUGGAUUCGAAAGCCUUCCCCUGUCGCGUCAAUGGAAUGAGUGACCGCGCUGGCUGCCCACCAGAACUUUCCUGCCGGGCGGAAGGAACUUAGAUAGGGGCAUCUGGAUAUUUUGGCUUAUCAGCAGCUGGCCUCAGCCUCGUUCAUCUUGGGAUGCCUGCCAGCUGUUUAUACUGAAAUCAUUGCCCUGGUGUCUGUGAGCUGACUGCUUCAAUCCAUGGAGGAGAAGGGGAGGUGUGUGUGUGUGUGGGGGGGUGAAGGUACACAUCCAGUUUACUCCUGUGUAAUCUUUACACAGCUUAAGUUGUACACGUGGUUGGGAAGGGGAAUCUCCGGGGGACAGCUCUUCCUUCUCCUCCCCUGCGGAGCAAGCUGAGGAGAGAAGGAACAAACCUGACUUUCAAGGAGGAGAGAUCUUUGGCCAUUGUCUAAAUGUUAAGAGCCCCAUGCCUGUCUGGCCUCGGAGCUGGGGUGGGGGAGCGGAGAACCCUGCUCCAUCUGGGCUUGGUUAGAACCUCCCUGCUCCCGCCCUGCCUGGCCAUGUGGGGGAGGCUCCUAGUGAAACCUGCCCAGCCUGUGGGUGGCUGGGGUGAAGUGGAAGCUGCUUAGGCCGAGCUGCUACCCUUAGACUCUCUUCUGCAAGGGCGUCGUCCCCAUGUCCCUGUCUGGCUCUCGGGGUGGGCAUGGGAUCUUGGCUAAAGCAAGCCUCUUGCCUAGAGGCCUGAGAGCUGGACGGGGGCUGGGGCCCCCCAGGAGGGGUGGGAGAGCCUGCUGUGCUGUGGGGCAGACCAGCCUACCAGGAAAUACUUUAUUCAACUUGAAAAAAUCUGAGCAUAAUGCUCAAGGUGCGGCCAGAGCCUGAUGGCUCUGGCGCAGGGGGGAAUGAUGAUGCCCGUGCUCGCUCUGAGGGAGGGCGUGGGGUGUUGCCAUCUUACCACUGCCAAGAGCUCUAAGGCAGAGCCUUUGUCAGCCCAGGCUGGCCCCCCUCCUGGCCAUGUGGGGGGAACGGGAGCCCUGCAGAAUUGUUACACUAAUGAGGGGGCGGGGUCCUCGGUGCGGACACAUCCCCUGCUUGUCUUGCAGCGUGCGCCAGGGAAUGUGAAUGGCCACGGUACAGACAUGAAAUGCUUUAAGGGACCCCACGAGCCCUCAGCCAGCUGGGACCUAAACAGGGUUGAUUUUUUUUUCUUGUUUCCAAACACAGGUGCUUUGGCCUGAUGAAAUUAUUUAUGUAUUUGUAUUUAUAGUGAAUUAUUUAUUUCACCCCUUCCUUGGUCUCCUGUCUGUGCAGGGCCCUGUUUGCUCUGUCCCUCGCUCAGUAAUAAAAGUGUUCCUUUU